UGCGCUCCAUUGGUCGAGCCUGAGUCAGCAUGGCGGCGCCCAGGUAACCCGGUCCGUGCCGCGAAAGGGACGGCGGCCGUGGCGCCGGCCCCGCGCGGUCACGAGUCACCAUGCUGAGGACGGCGUGGAGGGCGCUGAGGUCGCUUCGGACCCAGGCAGUGGCCCAGGCCCCAGUCCUUGGGCUGCCGGGCGGAGCGUGUGCCAGGCCUCCCUCUCUCCAGUGGGGCCUUCCCUCUCCUCGCGGUGUCAUCCUCCCGGCCGUUCGCGGAUAUGCCACCCACAAACCAGUCCAGCCCAGCCAAGAAGAUGACCCGCCCCCUUCCACGCUGCUCAAAGACUACCAGAACAUUCCUGGAAUUGAGAAGUUUGACGAUGUCGUGAGAAGACUCUUGUCUUUAGAAAUGGCAAACCAGAAGGAGAAGCUAAAAAUCAAGCAAGAGCAGCUGAUGAACAAGAUUGUGGCAAACCCUGAGGACACCAGUUCCCUGGAGGCUCGAAUUGUUGCCUUGACUGUCAAGAUCCGCAAUUAUGAAGAACACAUGCAGAAGCAUCGAAAGGACAAAGCCCACAAGCGCUAUCUGCUGAUGAGCAUCGAUCAGAGGAAAAAGAUGCUCAAAAACCUCCGGAAGACCAACUACAGUGUCUUCGAGAAGGUAUGCAAGGAGCUGGGGAUUGAGUACACCUCCCCCGCUCUGUACCACCGGAAAGGCCACCGACGCUGGGCAGCCAAGAAGGCCCUGUGCAUUCAGGUCUUCCAGGAGGUACAAAAGCUCAAGAAGCAAAGAAGGGCCUUAAAAGCUAAAGCAGCAGCGGCCCGGAAACAGGGCCAGAAGAACCCAGAGAGCCCUUCCAAAGCUGGACCAGAGGCAAUCAAAGAAAACCAAUAAAUUGUAUUUGAGUUCUGUC